AUGUAUUUAUGCUGGAUUCAAACGUCAGCCCCUUCAACUGAUGAGUUUCAACUGGAAAUCGAUACCAAUGUAGAGAUUGACAAAGCUUUAAUCUAUUCUAGCCAUGGGAAGGCUCGCUGGAUGGGCAGAAUUGAGAUUUCUACAGUCUGGAUGGGGCUAGAAAUGGCUGGAUUGAUUAUUGCUUACUUGGAGCUGCACUACAGUACUUGUUUUGCGUGA